AUGCACGCUUUGAAGUGUGAGGCUAGUAGCCUGACGGGUAGCGAGUUGCUGUCGGUAUUGAUCCGUCCGGAUGGCAGCCAGACGAAGUUGGACGAUUGUGUGGCACAGGUAGUUACGAUACAGGCGGGUGGUGCCGGCGAGGUGACGGCUUUGGUGUUGGCGCCCAAGACGGCGUUUGAGGUGGACUUGGAGACUGUCGGCGAGCGAACGCCGUUGACGUUGGAAACGACGAUGGUGGAGGGCGAGAUUUACGACUGGUUCGAGAAGUGGGACCGAAUGAUGGUGUGGCGACCCAAGGAGGGGCCUCCGGGCAACGAACGCGCGGAGGCGGCACUGCUGCUCGCGUUGCGGCGCCGGCUGGAGAGAACGGGGCCUCGGGACAAGCCUGAGGCGGUGGACGCGCUGUGUCGCGAGAUCUUUGGCGAACGCCUGCACGACGUGCACGGCAUCCUGAACGGGAGUCGCGGGGUGCCGCGUCCGGACGAGGCAGACGAGGUCAGCGUGACUGUGACGCGGCCGAUAGACCCGUCGGAGUUGGAGGAGCUCUUGGCGCAGGUGCCCGAGAACUGGAUGCCGGUGCUACAGAGGUCGGCGGAGUGGAAGACUGCGAACUGGAAUGACACCGAAGACCGAAUGGAUGCCGCACCGGCGGAACCCAGCUGCGUAACGAAGCGUUGUCUGUACACGACCGCGGGCGUUCUGGGGCUAGGCUCGGUCGUCGGCGUCAUUGCGAGGUCUAUAUGGCCGGGGUCGACCGCAUUGUCGCAAGGCGGAGCGGCGGGAGAAGACUUGCCAGGGACGUACGAACCAUUGAGUGACAACCGGGCCGCGGUAGUCUGGGCGGUGGGGGACCCAGUGCCGGCGGCUCCUUGUGGCAGCGGCACCCUACUCUGCGACGGGGGGUGUAGUAACUUCGGCAGCGGCCCCUGGCCCAUUGCCUUCGGCAACCCCUGGCCUUUCUCCUUCCCGGUCGCCUGGAAGAUUGCUCACGCGGCUGCACCGGCGAAGUGCGAAGUCCGGUGCAGCACCCGGGAAGAGACAAGGAGCUCUUUCAGCACACGACUCCUCACACAGUUCCCGCUCCAAACGCCCAACACGACCAUGUCGCUCCAGGAGCGACUCCAACAAAUCAGCGCAGCACUUAGUCAGGGUUGCGCAGGCUCGGACACCCCGUGGCAAAACGCGAGCACGCUCACCGACUGUGUCUGCGACAUGGCGUCCGUCAGCUGUCCAGUGAUUGUGAAGCCCAGUGGCAAUAAGCUGGUGUCCGUGAUGAUGCACCAGCAAGUUCACGGAGUCACUCUCGUCGACUUCGAAGCGUCCAUCGCCAGGCUGGCCGGCUCUUUCGCCGACUACACGGACGACACCUACAGCAUCUCGCCCUGCUCUUACACUUGCUGGAACCUAAGUCCGCAGGCCAAACAGACCAUAGAAGCAAACAAGGCCGCUGAAGCCGCCCGCCAGGCCACCAGUACUACCAGCAAGCCUACCACGACUACCAAGCGUACCACUGCAACCCCCCGCAGGCGUCAAACCACAAGAGAUCGUCCGGAGUGGGACGAAAGGGACAUGAUGGAUUUUUUUCUCCCUCAUCCUUGGCCUCCUCGGAAAAUGGAUUGA